AUGUAUCGUCUUGCUGCUGCCAUUGCUUCAUCCUCUAGGUCAUCAGCUACCAGAAAGGUAUGCAGUCGUCUUGUGUCCAGCAGGAAUUAUGUGGCCAAGGAUAUCAAUUUCGGAACAUCUGCGCGGGCUGCAAUGUUGCAGGGUGUGAAUGAUCUGGCGGAAGCUGUAAAGGUCACCAUGGGACCAAAGGGCCGUACUGUGAUUAUUGAGAAAAGCCAUGGAUAUCCUAAGAUCACUAAGGAUGGAGUUUCUGUAGCAAAAUCCAUCAAAUUUAAGGAUAAGGCAAAAAAUAUCGGAGCAGAACUGGUGAAGCAGGUUGCAAAAGCCACAAAUGAUGUAGCUGGAGACGGGACUACUUGUGCUACCGUUCUGACUCAGGCAAUUUUCACUGAAGGUUACAAAUCCGUGGCUGCUGGCGUGAACGUGAUGGAUUUACGCAGUGGUAUGAAUUUGGCUGUUGAUGCUGUUAUCCAGGAUCUGAAGAGCAGAGCUGUCAUGAUUAGCACACCCGAAGAAAUUACACAGGUGGCCACGAUUUCUGCAAAUAAUGAACGUGAAAUUGGAGAACUGAUAGCAAGGGCUAUGGAGAAAGUUGGAAAGGAAGGAGUCAUAACUGUUUCUAAUGGAAAUACUUUAGAUGAUGAGCUGGAAGUGGUUGAAGGAAUGAAGCUAGCUCGAGGAUAUAUGUCUCCAUACUUUGUCACUGAUGCAAAGACUCAGAAAUGUGAACUGGAAAAUCCCUUCAUACUCAUUCAUGAGAAGAAAAUUUCAGACAUGUACUCUCUUGUAAAAGUAUUAGAGCUGGCCGUAAAGAACAAAAGGCCACUGCUUAUUGUUGCUGAAGAUGUAGAAAGUGAUCCACUUAAUAUGCUUAUUAUAAACAAACAUCAGGCUGGGGUCAAGGUUUGUGCCAUUAAAGCUCCAGGUUUUGGGGAGAACAGAAGAGCAAGUCUAGAGGACCUUGCCAUUCUAACUGGAGGAGAGGUUAUAAGUGAAGAACAAGGUUUCAGUCUUGAUAAAGUUCAGAAUCAUAUGCUUGGUACUGCUAAAAAGGUCACCAUUUCUCUUGAUGACACACUUAUUCUACAUGGUGGUGGGGACAAGAAGCUGAUUGAAGAAAGAUGUGAGCAGUUAAGGACUGCCAUGGAGAACAGCACAUCCACUUUUGACAAGGAAAAAUCACAGGAGCGGUUAUCUAAGCUCUCCGGUGGUGUUGCCGUUUUUAAGGUUGGAGGAACCAGUGAGGCAGAAGUUGGGGAGAGAAAAGACCGGGUUACAGAUGCUCUAAAUGCAACAAAAGCAGCAAUUGAGGAGGGCAUUGUUCCAGGUGGUGGUGUGGCUCUGUUGUAUGCCAUAAGAGCUCUUAGAAACCUAAAGGCAGUUAAUGAGGACCAGAAAAGAGGAAUCCAAAUUAUUGAGAAUGCUCUCAAGGCUCCAAUAUACACAAUCAUCUCUAAUGCUGGUGGUGAGGGAGCUCUAGUUAUAGGCAAGCUACUGGAGCAAGAUAACCUCAAUUUGGGGUAUGAUGCUGUUAAAGGUGAAUAUGUUGAUAUGGUGAAGGCGGGAAUAAUUGAUCCAGUAAAAGUUAUUAGGACAGCCUUGGUCGAUGCAUCCAGUGUUUCAUUGCUAUUGACAACUGCUGAAGCAAGCGUUGUCGACCUUGACGGAGAGAAGAACCCAAAUGCAAAUCGUGUCCCGGACAUGGAUGCAAUGGGUUACUGA